GUUAGCUUGGCAGAGCUCUCGCCACAACACUCGGCCACAUGGGCGAUUCCAAAAGGCAGGGGGCGGCGGUGACUCGCCGUAGGCGUCUUCGGUAUAUAGUUCUUUGACGGCCCCGAGGCCCCGCGAGGGUCCCAGGGGCAGAAUAAUGCCACAGACCUCGCUUCGUGAUGUGUUCAAGACGCGAGCACCCCGGGGAAGACCUGCCCGAAAGCCAGAGCCGUGCCUGAACCCAGAAUGGCUCUACUUGCUUGCGUGAUAGAUCGACCCCCGACACCGACAACAAACACGACUGUUGGACAGAACAAGACAUCGACGAGUCGCCAGGUUGCUCGUGGCCGGUCACGUCCACAUUGGCAGAGCGGGGGAGGGAGCUGGGAAAGGGGCAUGCUGCUCCAUGACAAACACCUUGCCACGAUCUAAAGCCGCCGCAAUCGCCGCGGCGACCUCCAAAACCGACCCGGAGGCGUGGCCCGGGGUCGGAUAUCACCACGCAACAAGCAGUUCUGAUCUCGGCGCACUGGCGCUGCGUUCCCCCUCCCGGCAGCCUGCUCCUCCACAGCCACGCGUUCUUCUGCCUGGGUGCAGGGCGGUCGACAGAGAGGAAAAGAACAAGGGGCCCCGAGGGGGCACAGCCAGAUCGUCACAAACUUAAUGAUGUUCCAUGCUAUUUCCAGGGUUUUCCUCUCUCCUCCCCCAUGUCCCAUGUUGUCCCUUAUAUAUUUUAAUGAUGAUCAGCGCCUGUUGGGUCUGUGUUGGCCUUUCCCUCCUGGAAGACGAGCACAGCAGGAGGACAAAUUCGGGCGAGGAUCCCUUCGGGAACGUCUGAGCGCUGGCGGGCCCGAAGAGGCGUCGGGCGCCGCGGCCGUGGCAGAGUGCUCCAGGACGCUCCGGCAGCUGGAUCGACUCGUCCUCAUCCUGGGCCUGACCUGUCGGGCUGCAGUCGGGGCGUUGACCUAGGGAACCCGAAACGAGGAACGAGGCCCCUCUUUUCCACGAGUGGAACUUCGAUUUCGCAUCGAGAACCUAAGAAGAGAAUCCAGGGCCAGCUGCGAAACAAUGAAGGAACGCGGAGCCCCUCCCCAACGAAAAGGGUUCCUUCUUCAGGGCCCCGACCGUAGAGGGGGGGCGGGACUGGGACGCGGACCGAAGUGGUGCAAACCAUCCACAGAGCUGCGAUCGCCUUGCGAGCGCACGGCCGCGCCGCCCUCUGCCUCCCUCCGGCCACCUGCGCCUCCCUCGAGGCUGCGGAGACGCGUAUCCGAAGUCCUCUCAACCUGACGUCUUCUGGGAGAGCAGGAGCAGCAUCAGCGCCACGCCGGCCCCAUCGGCGCGCUGCUGCUGAAGGCGUGCCCAGUCCUCCGACAGAAUGCGGGUGGGCAACGCGCAGAGGCUCAGGGACGACGCGCGUGUCACUGGUACUCUCGACGUGCCCCUUCCGAGCUACGCCGCCGCAUGCCGCUGGGAUCCCCCUGCAUAUAAUAUUAUCGGAAGCCGUCUCUCGGGCCGGGCGAAAGGGGGGGAUAGCGAAAGGGGUGUUUGAGAAUCAGCUCGAGUAGCUGAUUUUCCCGGCGCCUCUCGGCGCCGGGAGGCACCCAUGUAUCGAGAAUUAGGCCCCUCGGUGGGUCCAAAACCAGCUGCAUGAAGCAAAUUUCGCACCCCCCCU